AUGAGCGACCCUUUUCUUUGGUUAACUCCUUUCAAAGAGAGCGAUAACUUGUAUCUACGACACCUGCAUGAAAUCAUAGCCUCAUUCAUUAUCUAUGAAGUGGUUAUUUCACGGCGCUUAGCGCCUUGGAUAAAUAAGAUGGUAUUUGGACGAAAUUAUACGCAGAUUAAGGACAAAAAUACGCGGCUCAAUUUCGACAUUCACACAGUUUCGAUGGCUCAGUGUAUCGUGAGUUUGAGCUUGACGUAUCCCAUCCUGUUCUCUCCCCUUUCGCUCGAUCUCGUGACCUACUCAGACCCUUACACAUCCAUGGUGUCCGCAGUGACAAUCGGGUAUUUUCUGUGGGAUCUGUACGUUUGUCUUAAGCACUUCAAUUUGUUUGGAGUUGGAUUCCUGGGCCAUGCGCUGGCGUCCCUCUACGUUUUCGUGCUGUCGCUGCGACCCUUUUGUCAGCCUUGGAUAGGCAAGUUUCUGAUCUUCGAAUUGAGCACUCCGUUUGUUAACGUCAACUUUUAUGUGAGCCAACUCACGAAACUGUCAGGAAAAAGCGUUGUUCCGAUGUGGUUUAAUGCGCUAAACGGUGUAAUGCUCAUUUUGACGUUUUUUGUCGUGCGCAUCUUGUGGGGGUUCACAGCCAUCAUAAUCCUUUGCAAGAAGCUUUGGGUUGCUAGAGAUAGGUUACCGUGGUGGAUACCGGUCACGGUCUUGAUUCUGAACUUCAGUUUGGAUGCUCUAAACGUUUUUUGGCUAAUGAAAAUGAUCAAAAUCGCUCAAAAGAUGCUGAACGGUGACGCUCGCAGCAAACGUCAUUGA